AUGAAACGAAGCAAUGGAGAUGGAGUGAACUUUAGUAAUGUGCAUGUGCCGGAGGUGGUGCGGUCUUUUAAAUAUACGGGGGAGGUGGAGAUGGUGAUGGUGGUGGAGGAGACUUAUAAACAUGCGGAGGUGGUGGUGAUGGUGAAGGAGGAGGUGGUGACUUAUAAAUAUAAGGAGGUGGAGGAGGAGAUUUUGAUGGAGGUGGUGGAGACAUGUAAAUAUACGGAGGUGGUGACGGCGGAGGAGGAGAAGAUUUCAGUAGAGGUGGUGGAGACUUAUAAACGUACGGAGGUGGUGGUGAAGGUGACGGUGGAGGAGGAGGAGAUUUCAGUGGAGGUGGUGGAGACUUAUAGACGUACGGAGGUGGUGGUGAAGGUGACGGUGGAGGAGGAGAUUUGUACAUAUAUGGAGGUGGCGGAGAUGGCGAAGGCGGAGGUGGCGAUUUAUUGAUGUAAGGUGGGGGUGGAGAAGGCGAUGGUGGUGGAGGUGACUUAUAUAUGUACGGAGGAGGUGGGGACGGCGAUGGUGGUGGCGGUGAUCUGUAGACAUACGAAUUCGGUCGCGGUUCAUCGGCAACUACAUUGGUGGCUAUCAAACAAAACGCGAGCAAUAAAGCAAAGUGGCGCAGGCCGCGCUUCAUCGCUAGCGUCCCCAUUUUGUGGAUGCUCCCGAGUUUAACUUUUUACUAAAGGGAUUCAAGGGUUG